CGCAGACGUCACAUGACGUUGUCUAGGUACUGCAACAAAUCGAAAAUCUUUCUCUUGUCUACUCUGUCUUCAUAACUCCACCAAAUACGAUUACGGUUGGUUUUCAUAAAACGUUUAAACAGACAACCAGACUGGGCAUACACAGACGUAACACAUGGAGGUAGAGGGGAUGGAAGAUAAAGGACCUUCGUCCCAGAGUGAUCUUCCACAAAGUGACGAUCUUCACUCAGCACAACAGCAGCUGGUCGGUCUGGAGAGUUCAGGCCUUGUAGAGAAUGUACACGUGGAUAAGAAAACAGUGGACAAACUCACAGAGGGAUUGCUCUCUCACUACCUACCAGAUCUACAGAACUCUAAACGAGCCCUCCAAGAGCUCACACAAAAUCAGCUGAUACUAUUAGACACACUGGAUCAAGAAGUAACCAAGUUCAGAGAGUGUAACACCUUACUGGAUCUCAAUUCCUUGUUUACAGAAGCCAAGGUUUACCACAACAAGCUGGUGAACAUAAGGAAAGAGAUGAUCAUGCUCCAUGAAAAGACAACAAAGCUAAAGAAACGAGCAUUGAAGCUGCAGCAGCAAAAGCAGAAGGAGGCACUGGAGAAGGAGCAGCAACGUGAGAAGGAGCUGGAGAGAGAGAGGCAGCUUAUAGCCAAACCUGCUAAAAGAACAUAGAGUCCCUGACUCUAUUUGCUGUAUUAACAACCACACAGUUGGCUUUGCAUGCAUCAGUCUAUUUACUGCAUUUCUACAAUAUGUCACAUCAAUGCUAACCAUUUUCCAAAGUGUACAUUUUUAAAGAUGUUUUGUUUUUGCCUUGAUUCAACAAAAAAGGUUAGAUUAUUAAACAGGCACCAGGAACACAGCUAAGAUUUAUAUUAUUUUAUUGUUAUGGCAUUAAGAUGCUUGAAAGAUGCUUUAAAAUGUCAUUAUUCACCUUUAAUUAUUCCUAUUACGAUUCGUGAUUCUUUCAUGCUGUUGCAGUUAACUCUACACAUUGUAGACGGUUGUAGAGAAGCAGAUUUCAGUCGCGGUCACAUGUUAGUCACCAAAACUUUUAACAAGAAAUCAUUUGAUUUUCUUUGAAACUUUGUAUCCAGAUGAAGUUGAUUUAGUUCCUCACGGUGACUCAUGAUAGAUGUGAUGUUAUCUUUUAAAAAAAACAGUAACAGCUUUGACCUUAGAUGACAGUAUUUCUACCAUACCAGAAAUUACUUCUUGUGGUUAUUAUGGAAAAUAAUCCAUUCAGUGUUUCCUUCUACACUUAAUUUUGAAUCUCUUUGCAGCCUUUGGGCUGAAGUUGUUUCAAAUGCCAUUACUGUACAAAUAAGCAUUAAUUCUAAAUCUACAUUUCAUUAAGAUAUUUUUUUUCCUAAAUUAGAAUAAUUUGUUCAGACCCAUUAGCAUGCACAACCUGAAUUUAGGGGCCUUGGAGAGUUCUGUGGAUGUUGGGAUGAUCACAUCAUUCAUUUCAGCUGCAAAUAACAGCAGAAACUGGAUGCUAAAGGUUUCAGUAAAGAGCUUCUUAUCUCAUAUCUGAAUCAAAUUUUAGAGAUUUGACAGUUUGAUUAAUUUCAGGCUGUAAUGGCUUUCAAUUAGACCAAUCUUUUUUGUUUAUCUAUUAACACUACAAAGUGUUAAAUUCAUAUGUCAGCAUUCAUUAAUCAGUAUUUAAAGACGUGAUAAAGACGAUUUUUUUGUUUUGUUUUUUUGGCUUUUCAGAAAUGCUCAAGUACAGAGGCUAGUUUCCUUGAGGAGUAGGAGGAACACUGAUAGAGUUUCAUUUCUAGAUGGAAAUAAAUUGGAAGAAUGGCUUUAAAUUCUUUUCUUAAGACAUGUUUAGAAAUCUGAUACACUCCGGAAAAUGGUUUACUUAAUAGACAGUGAAUGUGACUUUUAGUAAAUGGGUUAAAUCUUGCAAAACCCCUGGUUUGGUUGAUUCAAUCUGACGUUGCCAAGAUCACCACAAACCAAAGACUUGGACUACAUCAUCAAAUGCUGGUACUUCCCACUAUCAACCUCUGAUGAUGCACUAUUUUGUGCACCUUGCUGAGAAAAGAACAAAUUAUUCCUUUUUUUUGCAGCCAUGGGACAAUACUCAAGGAGAAUCACUGCAUCUGAUGUCUGUUGUCAAAGUAUUAAUAUAUAUUGUUUCUGGGCUUCUUGCCUUGUUAGUGUUAAAUGUUUUAAAAGUCUGUUUUAAGUCAAAUUGUUCUGCACUAAAUUAACUAUAAAAAUGCAUCAACCAUAAACACCAUCUGUUACUUUCUUUAAAAGACCUUUUAAGAGGUUUCUAUGCACUAAUUGUGGCUGGAACUCCACUGUUUGUACAAUUAAUAAUAAAAGAAAAAUAACUUCUG